CGACUUUUUGCUGUCCCUCUUUAAAAAUCGGUUUGUUUACGUUUAUUUGCAAGCCGCUAAAAAUGGGUAAAAGUGAGAAAAAAUCGAAGAAAAAGCACAAAGAAAAGCGCAGGGAGCACAAGGAGAAGCACAAGUCUAGAAAAUCCAAGAAAAACAGCCGGAAAAAGGAAGAAUCUCCUCCACCCGCUCCACCACCACAAAAGCAGCCCGAGGAGGAGGACGAGGACUUUGCAAUACCAAUAGCACUGAUGAACAGCAAAUCGCACGCACCGGAAACUCCGGAGGAGUACCAGCGCCGCCAGAGCCAAAUCCGCAGGGAAGUGGAUCCGGUGACGGGACGCGUGCGCCUCAUUAAGGGCGACAGCGAGGUGCUGGAGGAGAUCGUGACCAAGGAGCGCCACGUUGAGAUCAACAAGAAGGCCACCCGCGGCGACGGCGAGUUUUACGAGGCCAGAUCUCUAGACGCCGCCAGGCGUCGCAAAUAGCUGAAAACCAAAAAAGGACAAAACUUUAGCCAUUUCAUGUCUUGUAGUAAUAAUUAAUAACUGUCAGUUUUAUUAAACAAAAGGCUAGCUAGCGACUAUAUGUACACGCGAAA